AUGGCCAGGCGGAGGCAGCUGAUCCAAGCUACGGUGAUACUGCUAGCGACGUGGUUCCUCGUGAACUCGUCGGCCCUAGCCGUGCCUGCGCCGACAUCAGCACCAGCACCGUCGCCACCACCACCAGCGACAGGCACCCUUUGCAUCCCCCAUGAGCGGGAUGCGCUUCUCGCAUUCAAGGCGGGACUCACUGAUCCAGGCAACUACCUCUCGUCAUGGCGGGGCGAGGAUGACUGCUGCCAGUGGACGGGCAUCGAGUGCAGCAACCGAACAGGGCACGUCAUAAAGCUCCAGAUCAAAAGCAAUAGCGCCACGGAUGAUCAGACAAUAAGCGGACCCCUAGGAGGUAACAUAAGCUCUUCCUUGCUCAAUCUACGGCAUAUGAAGCACCUGGACCUCUCAUGGAAUAACUUCGGUGGUAAACCCAUCCCGGAGUUCAUCGGCGGCCUCAAGAGCCUGACCCAUCUCCUCCUCUCCAAUUCGCAUUUCGGUGGCCGAAUACCUCCCCACCUCGGCAACCUCUCAAACCUGAUCAGCCUUGACCUCUCGACUCAGUGGGAGAGUUGUUACUCGCCCGAUCUUGCAUGGGUGUCAAACCUGCGGAAUCUAGGGUACCUCGCAAUGAACGAUGUGGACCUUAGCGCUGCCAUCGACUGGGCUCAUGCUGUCAACAUGCUCCGCUCACUGACAACGCUUGAACUAGAAACUUGCGGGCUCCAAAACAUUAUGCCUCCUCCAUUGCACCCCAACCUAACAUCACUACGGGCCCUCUACCUCGGUUACAACUCCUUUAACUCAUCCUUUGGAGCCAAGUACUUGCUUUGGGAUUUACCUAGUGUCCAAUAUGUUUCUUUGUCUAGUUGCGGGAUUAGAGGUCCUAUCCCUGCCGCUGCCGGAAACUUGACCUCCGUUAUGUCACUUUCCCUUGAUCGUAACACCUUCACCGGCGUUGUUCCAUCCACCUUCAAGAAACUCAAGAAACUGCAAGUGCUCAAACUAUGGGAUAACUCCAUCAGCGGAAACUUAGAAGAUAUAUUGAAUAUACUGCCAGCAAAUGAGUUACAAGCGUUGUACUUGGACAACAACAAUUUGACAGGGAGCAUCCCAGCUCAGAUAGACCAGUUUAGCAGCUUGUCCAAACUUCAGCUGAGUAACAACAAAAUUUCAGGAGAGAUACCAGUUGGUAUACGGGAACUAAAAAAUUUGACGGAAUUGUGGUUAGACUCGAACAACCUAAAUGGUACACUCACUCAGGACCAUUUCACGAACCUGACUAGCCUACAAGUUCUGUGGCUCUCCGGUAAUUCCAUAAAGAUGCUGGUCAACAACACAUGGAACGCUCCAUUCCAACUAAUUUCAGCAAGCUUUAGAUCUUGCAUCCUAGGGCCCCAAUUUCCUUCAUGGAUUAUGCUGCCAACACUUGACACUCUUGAUAUUUCAAACACAAGUAUACAUGAUUCCAUUCCUUUUCAGUUUUGGAUCAAAAUGUACACUGUUCAAGUGCUGGAUUUAUCAGAAAAUAAGAUUGUUGGCAGGCUUCCAACAUACUCUCUGUUUGGUAAUAUGCAAGGUGUUAUACUGGAUAUCAGUUCUAACCAGCUUGUUGGCCCGAUUCCGACACUCCCACCGAACCUCGCCUACUUGGACCUCUCUGGGAACAACCUAUCGGGUGUAUUGCCAUCAGAUACUGGAGCACCAGCGCUAGCAAUACUUAUGCUCUUCAACAACUCCUUUUCUGGGACCAUUCCAUGCUCCCUGUUUGAGUUGCAGCAAUUGGAGUUUCUGGACCUAUCAGACAACCAACUAAACGGGACAUUGCCCAAUUGCCCUGGUGCACCUAGAACUUCAAAACUUACCAUGCUUAAUUUGAACAACAACAAUCUUUCGGGAGAAUUCCCAUCGUUUCUUCAAAGGUGUAAAGAGCUCAAUUUCCUUGAUCUCGCAUACAAUAAUUUUUCUGGAAGCAUACCCACAUGGAUCAGUUCAAAGUUACCGGACUUGGCGUUCCUACGGUUACGAUCAAACAUGUUCUCUGGUGGCAUCCCUGACGAUCUAACCAGGAUGAAGGGGCUUCAGUAUUUAGACAUUGCAAGCAACAAUAUCUCAGGAAAGAUACCAAUAUCACUUGGGAAUCUCAUAGCUAUGGCCCAUACUCCUGAUGAACAAGGCGCCCUUUACAAAAUUGUCACAUAUCGGAUUGUGUCUGUCUACAGGUGGACUAAUGCUUAUUCUGAUAGUUUGUCGGUGGUCACAAAAGGUCAGCAGCUUGAAUAUACAACAGGAAUCGCAUACAUGGUCAACAUAGAUUUGUCCUGCAACAGUUUAACUGGGCGGAUUCCUGAAGAAAUUGGCACACUCGCUGCGUUGAAAAGUUUGAACUUGUCUUGGAACCAUCUUAGUGACAUAAUCCCCCAAAGUAUUGGCGAGUUACAGGCAGUGGAAUCUUUCGACCUCUCACAUAAUGACCUCUCCGGUGAAAUCCCUACAAGUUUAGCAGAUCUAACAUCGCUGGCCCACCUGAACUUGUCAUAUAACAAUCUGAUAGGGACCAUACCAUCCGGCAACCAGUUAAGGGCGCUUGAUGACCAGACAUCCAUCUACAUUGGCAACCCAGGUCUCUGUGGCCCACCUGUAUCAAGGAACUGUCCAGGAACCGAAACCACUCCACGGGUUCCUCAAGAUCAGCAUGAGGGCAUGAGUGAUGUGCUACCACUAUACCUUGGUAUUGGCUCAGGAUUUGUAACAGGUCUCUGGGUGGUCUUUUGUGGCUUCUUGUUCAAGAGGAACUGGAGAAUUUGUUGUUUCUCGUUUUCUGACCGUGUGUAUGAUUGGGUUUACCUGCAAGUGGCGCUCCGGUGGGCUUCACUGACAAGGAAAAACCAGUAGAGGCUCGUUGAGACCACAAGCUCUGCAGCUGCUGUUCAACAUAUUAACCAGGGACUAGUGUUAAACCUUCUUGUCUUCUGUAGUGCUCUGCUUUGGCAUGUAAGUACGUACUAUGAUAAAUUGUGGCUGUUGCUAUAUCAUGGACAUGUGUAUGAAUUUAGACAUGCGUAUGACUGUAUGACCAAAUUCCAAU